UCUUUGUAAAUAAAGUUUUUGGGAUUCAAACAACAUGGCGGCGCGCAGUGGUUCUCCCAUGUCGUCGCUGUUGAAGACGUGAUUCUGUUUUACAGCGAUUCCUCUGCGUUAACAUCCAGCAGAUUGUGUUUGUCAAAGCAGAAAUGGCCACUCCAAAGAAGCUGGGGAAAAAGGAAACCAAAAGGCUGCCUCCAGGUAAGACCUCCCUCGCCUCACCAUUCACCCCAACAUGGAGCCCACUCCCCCAAGAGGACAUGCAGUUCAUCCUGCAAACCCUGAAGGACAAACUGUUCUCCAUGGGCCUUGAGAAGAAAGAGGUGAAAAUCUUUCGCCCAUGGAGGAAGAAGAAGAAGGAGCAGGAAUCUGCUGCUGCUGCUGCCGCUGCCGCCGCCGCGACACCGGAGCCCGUCGCCCAGGUGCAGGAUUCCUCUAAAAACGGCUGGACAGAUGUGGCGGCCAGACGACAGCUGGCCAUUGGCAUCAACGAGGUCACCAAGGCUCUGGAGAGAAAUGAGCUCAGAUUGUUGUUGGUGUGUAAGUCCGUCAAACCCAAUCACAUGACAAGUCACCUGAUCACGCUGAGUGCGACGCGAGGAGUGCCGGCGUGCCAGGUGCCCCGUCUGAGCCAGAGCGUGUCGGAGCCGCUGGGGCUGACAAGUGUCCUGGCACUGGGAUUCAGACGCUGUGCCUCCCGUGACGAGGAGAUCUUCACCGACAUCAUUGAUGUCAUUAGACCCAGAGUGCCUUCACUGAACAUUGCAUGGCUACCGGGUGCAGCUCCACCGCGUGCAGCUCCACCGGGUGGUGCACCCGCUGUGACACCCGACGACCCAGCAGACAUGGAGGAGGAGGAGGCUGGAGAGAAGGGAGGCCAGAAAAGAAAACUGGAGAGUGACUCUGAGGCGGUGACAGAGUCUCCCUCCUCCUGCACUCUGCAGCCGCUCACUGUGAAGAGAAUAGUUGCUAAUCCGGCAAAGAAAAAGAAAAAAAAGUAGACUGUCAAACUAAAGAGAACAUCUGCCUGGAUAUUUGAAGGACCUCUCCUGUGUUAUUUCAUGUUUUAGCCCAGAGGCUCACAAUGCUUUUGACUCGGGAAAACUGUCCUGGUGACGUCUGGUCACAGGCUAGUUCCUGGAUAUGGGACUGAUUGAUUUUUUUCCUUUUAAGAUCAUUUAAUUUUAAGAACUUUUAGAGGCUUUGAGAGGUGAAAAUAGCCAACGUUUUAUUAUGUUACCAUGUUGUCAUUCAUUAGAUUUAUCUUGAGAAACCUGCUGACUCACAUGUGUUGGGAUUCACUGUUGUUUUCCAACAUUUCAGCCAUUCAGCAAUUAGUUUAUAAUCCCUCGGUAUAUUUUGUAAAUCAACUCACCAAGACUUGAAACUUGCUUUGUCAUAGAUCGUCCAUUACAGCUUCUCCACUGGGAGAAUGUGCUGCUUUUCUUUGUCUUUCUACAUUUGAAAGUUAACAUCUUAUAUAUUUUGGGCAAAUGGUUGAACAAAAGAAGCCACAUUUUUAAUAGAAAAAAUUAAUUAGGAAAGAAAAACAAUCAGAUGAAUUGAUAGAUUGUUUGCAUGGUAUCUUAGUUGACUGACUUUCAAAGGUACCAGUGCGUCAUUACAGAAAAAUAUGAAUUAAGUUUUUUUUUUUUAAACGUGAGAAGACAUGAGUUGUUGGAACUUUUCAUAAACAAGUAAAACAAUAUUAUUGCUGCACUGACAUGAAUGGAGACCUGUAGCAGGAUAGAUUGAUAGCAAGAAAAACUCUAAAAAUGUUUAAUGGUCCUUUUUUAAAAUUUAGUUUUUGUCAAAAUGUGAUAUUUAACAGACAAAACAUAGAGCAUUUAAAUGUAUGUGUUGGUAAUUAUGAAUUUAAACAACUGGCAAUGUGUGGAUGUUUGGCUUUUUGAUGAAUGUGACAAAAACAGAAGCAAACAUGUCUCAUCCUCCCCAGUUUAGAGAGUUUGUAAUGAACACACCAUAAUAAACCACAGACGUGCACCACUCA